AUGGGGAACGGAACGGAGGAAGAUUAUAACUUUGUCUUCAAAGUGGUGCUGAUCGGCGAGUCGGGCGUGGGGAAGACCAACCUGCUGUCCCGAUUCACGCGCAACGAGUUCAGCCACGACAGCCGCACCACCAUCGGGGUCGAGUUCUCCACCCGCACCGUGCUGCUGGGCACCGCCGCUGUCAAGGCGCAGAUCUGGGACACAGCUGGCCUGGAGCGGUACCGAGCCAUCACCUCGGCGUACUACCGUGGCGCGGUGGGGGCCCUCCUUGUGUUCGACCUAACCAAGCACCAGACCUAUGCCGUGGUGGAGCGCUGGCUGAAGGAACUGUAUGACCACGCGGAGGCCACCAUUGUCGUCAUGCUCGUGGGGAACAAGAGUGACCUCAGCCAGGCCCGCGAGGUGCCCACGGAAGAGGCCCGCAUGUUUGCCGAAAACAAUGGGCUGCUAUUCCUGGAGACCUCCGCCCUGGACUCCACCAACGUGGAGCUGGCCUUUGAGACCGUUCUCAAAGAGAUCUUUGCGAAGGUGUCCAAGCAGAACCAGAACAGCCCCCGGAGCAAUGCCAUCGCCCUGGGCAGUGCCCAGGCUGGGCAGGAGCCCGGCCCCGGGCAGAAGAGGGCCUGCUGCAUCAACCUCUGA